UCAGUACAGUUCCCAAACUUCUCGCUCUUGUUCUCCUGUCAGAGCGACAGCGCGGCGCAUGCCGGGAGCUGUAGUCCACAUCCUGCACUCGCCAAGCGUCGCAGCGUGAAACUGCACUACGCUGCCCGGCAUGCACCGCGUUCUAGCUGACUCUCCGCGCCGUGAUGGUUUGAAAGCUUGGCCGUCAGUCACCGCCAGCGCCAGGCAGGGAGAGAGCGAGCAGCAAUGGCGUCGUUUGUCACGGAGGUGUUAGCGCACUCCGGGCGGUUGGAGAAGGAGGACCUGGGAACCAAGAUCAGUCGGCUUUCCCGGAGGGUGGAGGAAGUGAAGGGUGAAGUCUGUGAUCUGAUCAAUAAGAAAUACGAUGAGUUCCUCCCUAGCAUGCAAAGUGCGGAGGAUUUGGUGAAACAAGUGCAUGGACUGGCCAGUGAUGUUGACAUUCUGAAGUCACAGAUUGAGAAUGAUGUGCAAAGUGAACUUCAAGUUGCCAUCAGUGAAUUCUCAGAGUUGAAAAAGCAAUUGGAAAAAAACACUUUUAUAUUGGGUGUUCUCCAGCAGCUACAAGAGUUUGAUAGUGCCAUUGAGAAAUAUAACCGUGCCUUGACUGAGAAGAACUACAUAACUGCAGCCCAGUAUCUUCAAAAGGCUCAGAACACACUGCAAGUACUGAAGUCCCGGAAGGGAUGUGAGCUAAAGUUGCUUAAAGCUCUUGCAAUUGAGCUGACCGUGCAGAAGCAGAACAUGCUUUACCACUUGGGAGAGGAGUGGCAGCAGCUAGCAGUGUGGAAACUGCCACCAUCUAUAGAACAUUCCAAUCUGGAUAUGGUUUUGAAGACUGAACUGCGUCUUUGUACUUUGUCUUCAAGUGAAGAGUCUGCGACUGUGCCGCUGCUGGCCUCUGUAUUACAGGCGUUGGCAAUCUUGGGAGAGCUGAACACCAAACUGAAAUUCUUCAGCCAGUUGCUAUUGAAUUACAUCCUGAAGCCCCUGGUAAUUUACCCGUCCCUCCAUGCCCAGGUGGAGACCCAACCACAGGGAGUUAUCUUACGCUUUGAAAAUGUGGAAACGGACCAGGAACAUCCACCUCCAGCAGAUGUAUUCCUGAAACUGAAACUUGUUUUGGAGUUGAUUCAUAAACACUUACUGGAUGUGAACGUAGAAGACUCACAGAGAGGUGACAUGUUAAGCAAAGUGAUUCUAGCAGAAGUUCUUGGUGAUAUGAUCUGGGAGGAAAUUUCUGAGACCAUUAUUAAAGACUGUUUGGUUUACUCCAUUCCCACCAACAGCACUAAACUAGAACAGUACGAAGAGGUAAUUAAAUCAACAGAGGAGUUUGAAAAUGCCCUCAAAGAUAUGAAAUAUCUUAAAGAUGCAACAGAAUUACUGAAGUAUGCACGGAAUGUCAAUGCACAUUUUGCCAGCAAGAAGUGCCAAGAUGUUAUAGUCACAGCUAGAAAUUUGAUGACAUCAGAGAUACAUAAUACAGUAAAGAUCACACCUGAAUCCAAGGUGAUUGUGCCAAAGCUUCCCAGCCCAAAAGGUUCAGAAAAGGUUAAGGGAUCAAAGAAUCCAACGGAAGAAACUCCGGCAUUGGAGAACGAAGUCAAACUGGGACAGCACACCUUCUCUUUGCCAAGCUGCAGAAUAAGUGAAUCUGUGGAAAAGCUAAUGGAGCUUGCUUACCAUACCCUUUCUGAAGCUACUGCUAGCAAUAAACCCUGUGCCAUCCAGCUGUUCUACACUGUACGAAACAUUUUCCAUCUGUUCUAUGAUGUUGUGCCAACGUACCACAAAGAGAAUCUACAGAAGCUUCCACAGCUCUCUGCCAUCCACCACAACAACUGCAUGUUCAUUGCACACCAUCUAUUGACACUGGGCCACCAGUUCAGAUACCAUCUUCCAACUCCUAUCAGUGAUGGUGCUGCAACGUUUGUUGACCUGGUUCCUGGAUUCAGAAAACUCGGCACUGAGGCUUUUCUGGCCCAAAUGCGAUCUCAGAAAGCAGAUCUUCUUGAAAGGUUAUCAAGCGCAAAAAACUUCAGUAACAUGGAAGAUAAGGAGAAUUACAUUGCAGCCCACAAGGCAAUACGACAAGUUAUACACCAGCUGGGUUGCUUGGGCAAAGUAUGGCAGGAUGUGCUUCCUGUGGCAAUAUACUGCAAUGCAAUGGGUACCCUGCUAAACACUGCCAUCAUGGAGAUGAUCAGCAAAAUUGCAGCAUUAGAGGAUAUCUCCACUGAGGAUGGGGAGCGAUUAUAUACUUUGUGUAGGACAGUGAUCGAGGAAGGUCCCCUUGUAUUCACUCCUCUGCCUGAAGAAAGCAAAAACAAGAAGUAUCAGGAGGAGGUACCGCUGUAUGUGCAGAAAUGGAUGAAAUUCAAAGAACUUAUUAUUAUCUUGCAGGCCAGUCUCCAGGAGAUUGUUGAUAGGUGGGCGGAUGGAAAAGGACCCCUUGCUGUAGAGUUUUCCACCAAUGAAGUGAAGAGUUUGAUUCGAGCACUCUUUCAAAAUACAGAAAGAAGGGCUGCAGCUUUGGCUAGGAUUAAAUAAAUAAUGUGGGGCUUAUUUGAUAUCAUCUGUAAUAUUAUGUACAUACAAUUUCUGCUUGGGCACUAGU